ACAAAAGUCGCAAGUCACAUCUGUUGAUAUAACACAUUUUACUGGGAGAAAAGCAAUUUUUGUAUUUUUUUACUACUUUUUUUAUAAAUUCGUUCCACUCAAAACAACGACAAAUUCAAAGCAUUUGUGUUUUACGGCGACGAUACAAAAAAGUGCUUCCGUUCGUUCAUUACAUACAUUUAAUGUCUGCAUUAGUGGCGUGAAAAUCCGUAUGAAGUAGUUACAAUUGUAUUUGUUACUAUUGUAUGCGUUCUUAGCUAAACGCGAAUCAGAAGACGAGAAUGGCGCGUCUGGUGUUCAGUGAAACCCCAACAAAAGCAAAAAAAAAAUUUCGGCCACGUCCCAAAGGAUGGCGCAAUGUGAGCCUGCUCUUGGAGCCUUCUAGCAAGAACUGGUGGGAGGAUCCCGAUGUCGUAGUUGCCUUCAAUUUACCGCGCAUAAGUGCCACCCUAGAGCGUUUAAUAGGCACAAAUGUGGUGCGUCUGACCGAUCACAAGUUCAUGGCCGAACUGCGCAAACGGUUGGUGGAGGAGCAUCGUAAUCAGCUGGAACGUCGCAUAAAGGCAAGAGCGCUCAGAGAAGUCGAACGUGAACGCCUGCUAAUCAUCGAAGGUAAAACAGACGAGAUACCUGAAGAACUGGCAGAUGAUCCAAUAUUUGUUGUUAAUAAAAUUGCGAAUAAAGAAAUACAAAAGGAGCGCUCUAAGCUCAAAACCAACCGUGAGCGCAACGCAGAGCGCUUAAAAGCACAAGGCUCAAAAUGGGAACGUGAACGGCAGAAAUAUGUGGAAGAGGAACAACAACGUGUAGAGAAGAUAAAAGAGCGCGAUAAGGAGCAAAAUGAACUCGAAGAGCGAUAUAAGGCAGAAGAUGCUGAACGGGGCGUGGAUGUGUUGCGCAUCGAUAAUGAGGAUUGGCGCGAAUGUGAGCAAACCCUUAAGCGAUUCCUUGAAGAAGAGCGCGCCAAAAUGAAGGAACGCACGUUGCGUGUACCUACGCCAUUCACGUCGGAUAAAUUGGAUAUAUUGAAUAUUGUGCGUGCUAGGAAAAAAUUCCGUGAAGCCGAGCAACGUAUUUGCCAGCAACUAGAAGAGGCUGCAAAACCAACUUCAAAAGCUAAAGACAAAAAACUCGGUAAAGAAUUGGCUGAAAAGACGGCGAUUAUACAGAAGCACGUGCAAGAUAUCAUACAAGCCGAUACCGAAGGCGCUACCGAACCUGGCGUUCAAGAAGGCAGCAAAGAGUUGGGCGAAAGAGAACCAAGGGAAGGCCAAAGGCGAAAAUACUUGGACGACGCCUCUGAUGCUUCCAACGAGUCGGAGGUGCACGAACAGGGCAGCACCAUUAGUGAAUCAAUGCGACGACUUGAAAUUGAGUUAGACGAAGAAAUGGAAUACGAUGUAGAGCGUGGUUAUCUCAUCUCAAAAUCACAAUUUGAGCAGUUGCGCUAUCAAGAUAACAGAAUAAUGCAGAUGCAGCAUGCAUCGAAUAUGCGUGAACUGUUUCAACUUGCCGAGGAGAUUAUAAUUGGCGAACGUAUUGAGGAGGAAAUCGUGGAAGAAGAAAUGCUAGAAGAGGAAGAACAACCGAUCGGGGAAGAAGGAGAAGAGGAAGAGCGCGGGGACAAUAAUUUCUAAGAAUGCACGUACACUAAAGGCGCACACACACGCAAACAUAAACAACUAAACAAAAAGCAAAUCAACUGUUUGUGCUAUUAAAUUCAGCUAAUCAAAAGCAUCAGCUGUCCGCUGGCGUUGUAAAUAAGUCGGAGGAAGUGCAAAAGAAGGGAAUGCACAUUAUCUUUUGCAAAAAUAGCUGCGACUGUAAUAACAGACUAAAUUAAAUGCAAAUUUUUUAUCGCUAGCUUAAAUAGAAGACGUGCUAAGUUCACUUUUUAUUAAAAAAUAAAAUUUCAGUGUCGGUAUUUGAAAGGCCAAGGGGGAGCAUAAUGUUUUGUGCAAGACUAACCAUCAACUUGCACAUAUUUCCAACUAUGCCCUAGAGCGUCUGCUAUGAUGAAAAUGAACACUUCACGUUUACUGUUUUCAUCCAAAGCUAGCGAUAUUAGAAUUUUGAAUAAAAUUCUUACGUACUUACAUGCAAGUGUCUGACACAAAUAAAUCAAAUAUUAAUAAUAUCCCACAUACACACUUACAUGCAAAUGUCUGACACAAAUAUGUUAAAUCAAAUAUAGCUAAUAAAUGCAAAAAUUGCGAAACGUCAA